UUAAAGGCCCCGAUUUAUGAAAGAAUUGCAAUAAGUCAAUCAACGGAAUCACAAGUAAGAAGGCAGAAAGCAGUGAUUAGAUCUGGGGCCUUUGCUUUCUUCCCUUUCCCAUACGCCAUUAAAACACACACGAGUUACACGUUACAGUUUUUAUACCUCUCUCUCUCUCUCUCAACAAUUAGCUACAUUAUCGCUCGAACUUGUGCAGAUCUCUUAGCCCCUUCACUAUUUUUGCUAGUAGGCAGUAGCAGAAUUCAUGUAUAACCUAGACAGUGAGAAGUUCAGUUGCAGGAGAGUUACAAAAGUGGUCCUUUGUUGAAUUAUACACGGUCGGACAAUAUUAGCCACCGGCAAAAAAAAUAUAGAGAUAGCAUCAGUGUAGCCCAAUUGUUAUGGCAGCUGUGCAAAACCGGUUUCUGCAGCCACAGCAACCACCGGGAGUUUGGAGAAACAGAUGGGGAGGUUGUUUGGGAGGACUUUCUUGUUUCCAAAAACAAAAAGGUGGAAAGCGUAUUGUACCUGCGUCUCGAAUUCCCGAAACAAACACUCUACCGAAUCAUCCAAGAUUGUCCAACCAAACUUCCGGAAUAUCUUCAUCUCUUUUAGCUCCACCAUCUUCUCCUGCUACUUUCUCAAAUUGUACAACCCCAUCAACAGCUCAAUCACCCAGAUGUUUCUUAUCCGCCAGCUCACCCGAAAACCCUUCGUCUACUAUGUUCGUCACAGGUCCAUACGCCUACGAGACUCAGUUAGUAUCUCCUCCCGUUUUUUCGACUUUCACAACUGAGCCAUCUACAGCUCCUUUCACUCCUCCACCAGAGUUAGCACAUUUAACAACCCCUUCUUCUCCAGACGUGCCUUAUGCUCGUUUUCUUACAUCAUCUGCAAAAUUCAAAAGCUCUGACAAGACCAAUUACAUUGCUGCAAAUGAUAUUCAAAAUACAUAUUCGGGCUCGGGCAGAUUUGUUGGAGCCCAUGAAGCUGGUGUGUCUAAGUCACAGCAAGAGUCAAAUUUCUUCUGCCCAGAGACGUUUGCUCAGUUCUAUGUUGACCAGUCUUCGGUUUCUAAUUCUGGCGGUAGGCUGAGUAUUUCCAGGGAACCGGAUGCUGCUUACAUAAAUGGUGGAUAUGGUUAUCAGAAUAGGCAGAACAUCAAAACUUCGAAAGCGGAUGCUGAUGAACUUGAAGCUUACAGGGCGUCCUUUGGGUUCAGUGCCGAUGAAAUCAUCACUACGAAUAAUUAUGUCGAGAUCUCGGAUGUGUUGGAGGAAUCGUUUAGCAUAACACCUUUUACCUCCGAAAUCAAGAAAAGGCAAGAAGCACCAAAUCAUUUCAACAGUGUGCAUGCUCGGAUAUCAGCUUCGUAUAAUGGUCUUGAAGAUCAAGUUCGGCACAAACGACUUGGAGAAAGCUUUCACAGUAACAGCGUUUUGAGUGAUGAUGACGUAUUCACGAACACAAGAGGGCUUCUAAAAUAGUGGGGAAAUAUUAGUUUGAUCUAUCAAACUCCAAAGCAGCCACUGGAGAGAGAGAGAGAGUUAAGGUAACUUAGCAUGGCAUGAUGAAUAUUUAGUUAUUACGACAUGAAAUCCGUUGUUUACCACCUUUUUAGGGAUCAAUCUAACCUUUUGACUUGAGACUCGCCAGGCCUUCCUUUUGUUUGUCUGUCAUAUAAUUCAUUUUUAUGUAGAGUUGCUGUUUAUAU